AUGUCACAAUAUCGUGAGCUUGAAUUAGAUUCAAGAGAUGAUACACCAUCAAUGGUCACGUUGGAUAGAGAUCAGGUCAUCCCAGAAACCGCUAAAUUCGACCAAUUCGUUACAAUUGAUUGGAUCACUGAAGAAAAUACUCCUUUGCUUAGUAUACCAAAUGAAAGAGAUGUCUUAAAUGAUGGUUUUAAAAAAUAUAGGCAGUUAUUAUGGGAAAGGUCGAGAACUGUGGUUACAUUGACCGUAAUUGCCGUAACAAUUGGGUGCAUCGCAGGUUUUCUCCAAAUAUUUACUGAAACCUUGGUAAAUUGGAAAACAGGCCAUUGUGCAAGAAAUUGGUUAUUAAACAAGUCAUUUUGUUGUAGUGUAAUAGAAACCUCUCCAAAUAAUUCUAAAAGAUUAUAUGACUUCAAAUUAACCAAACGUGAUGAAUUAGAUUGUUUAGACGAAGGACUUUGGAUAAAUUGGUCAGGUUAUAUUACUCCAUUUCCAAUAUUUUUGAUUUUAUCGGUAUCUUUCUCACUGAUAAGUACUUUAUUAGUAAAAUAUGUGGCCCCAAUGGCUACAGGUUCAGGUAUUACAGAAAUUAAAGUUUGGGUUACUGGGUUUAAAUAUAAAGAUGAAUUUUUGAAUGCAAUCACACUAUUCGUUAAAAGUAUAGCAUUGCCAUUGGCUAUCUCCUCAGGAUUAAGUAUUGGUAAAGAAGGACCUUCUGUUCAUUAUGCAGCUUGUGUGGGUUACACUGUUGCAAACUGGUUGCUAAGGGAUGUCUUGACCUUUUCACAACAAUCUGAAUACUUGAUCGCAGCCAGUGGUGCUGGUGUAGCAGUAGCAUUUGGUGCACCAAUCGGUGGUGUAUUGUUUGGUUUGGAGGAAAUUGCUGCAUCAAGUGAGUUUAAUGCUUCUACUUUGUGGAAGUCAUAUUAUGUCGCAUUAGUUGCUGUGGCCACUUUGAAAUGGAUUAAUCCUUUCAGAAAUGGUAUGAUCGUUUUAUUCAAUGUCACAUAUGAUAAAUAUUGGACCAAAGGUGAAAUUCCUGUAUUCAUCUUUUUAGGGAUUUUUGGUGGAUUGUAUGGUAAGUAUAUUUCAAAGUGGAACAUAUACUACGUCCACUUACGUAGAAAGUACUUAACAAAAUGGCCUGUUCAAGAAGUUAUUAUUCUGACUAUAUUCACUGCUUUUAUUUCUUACUUCAAUGAAUUUUUAAAGCUAGAUAUGACAGAAAGUAUGGGUAUUUUGUUUCAUGAAUGUGCUAAAGGGGAUGAUAUAUCAGCAUUUGGUCAUAGACUAUGUCAACUAGACAAAACUUCCAAUGUAGGAAGUUUCAUUCAGAUAAUUAGUUCCCUUUUGUUUGCAACUAUUGUUAGAUCCCUACUUGUUGUUAUUUCUUAUGGUGCAAGCGUACCAGCCGGUAUUUUUGUUCCAUCAAUGGCUGUGGGUGCUACUUUCGGUCGUGCAAUCAGUUUAUUUGUGGAACGUUUUAUUAGUGGUCCAGGUGUAAUUACUCCGGGUACUUAUGCAUUUUUAGGUGCUGCAGCAACGCUAAGUGGUAUCACAAACCUAACCAUCACUGUUGUAGUCAUAAUGUUUGAACUUACAGGUGCAUUUAUUUACAUUAUACCUACAAUGAUGGUUGUUGCCAUAACUAGACUAGUCUUGAAUCAUGAAGGUAUCAAGGGCGGUAUUGCUGAUCAAAUGGUUUUUGUCAAUGGUUUCCCUUAUUUGGAGUAUGAGAAGGAAGACUUAUUCAUGAAAGAAUUUUCUGCGGGCAGUAUAAUGACAACAAAUUUGAAAUUUUUAUAUGAAACGAUGAAUCUUGCUGAACUAAAAGACUUUCUGUAUUCUGGGGAUGGUUUGAAAUUAAAAGGUUUCCCUGUAAUAAAUGAAUCGGAUAGAUUGGAACCUACAAAAAGAUGUGUUGGAUAUGUUUUAAAGAAACACAUACUAGCAAGAUUGUUAUCACCAGAGAUGGAUUUUUCUAAUCCUGAAAUGAUUACUGUUAGUUUAAUGUCCUCAUCUAAAGCAUCUCAGAUAAUGCUAGAAGGUGAUGACAUUCUUGAUUUUAGUGAUAUUGUCAAUUCUUCCCCGAUUUUUAUAAAGAAGAAUGUACCAGCUACUUUAUUAUUCCGUAUGUUCAAACAGCUUGGUUGUAAAACCAUAUUAGUUGAGGAAAGCGGUGUUCUAGAGGGUUUGAUAACAAGAAAAGAUCUUUUGAGAUUCCAGAGAAUCAAGCAUAGAGAAGUUUUUGGGCCAAUCAAUCAAUCCAAUAAAUUUUUUGAUGAUAUAGUACGACCAUCAAUACAAACAGUAAUCAAAACGCUUUCUACCUAA